UUGAGAACUAAGCAUGAAUAAGUUACAUCUUAUAAUUCUUUCGCUCAUGGCAUUGGUAUCGGCAAGGGAGUUUAAACGCCUUAAAAAUUCGAAUUUGAUGUCGGCCCAGAGAUUGGCACCUAAAAAGAAAGCAGAUCCAAAGAAGGAUGAAGAAGGCACAGAAAAGAAAGACUCCAAGAAGAAAAAGAAGGAGGACGAUGAAGGUCAAGAUAGUAAACUGCUCGCUAAUACGUUCAUGAAUACUCAUAACUUACUCGCAUCUAAAUCAGGAUUGGCACCUCCCGAAGGAGAGUCUGGCUCUGGGGGUUCUCAGGAAGGCAAAGACAAAGACAAGGACAAGAACAAAGAAAAAGAGGAAGGCGAUAACGAUGAAUCAAGCAAGGGCAAAAAAUCAAAAAAAAACAAGAAGAAGGAUGGAAAUGAAAGCAGUCUCAAGACUCGUGGCUCAUCUAAUUCAGAGGCACUGCUCCAGAGGAAAAGCAGUCUUUUGAGCGAAGAUGUCGAAACCAAGGAUUAUCUGAAUGCUAGCGCUGCCGCUAAUGAUGAGGAAGACGAUUCUGAGUGAUUAAAAGGAAUAUUUCGUUCAUAAA